CGCUGGAAAAAGGUAAGUUUUAACCCCUUUCCCCUUUCCAGAACCGGGCGGGAGGGGGUCCCUGAGGGUGGGGGCACCCUCAGGGCACUAUAGUGCCAGGAAAACGAGUAUGUUUUCCUGGCACUAUAGUGGUCCUUUAAUGCUGAAGUGUGUGAAGUGGGCGGGUUAAGGACCCCCUCCAGCCCCAGGCCCAUGUGGAGGGUGGCAUCUGUAGGCCACAGACUUGAUGGCUUCAGGACGUCGAAUCUUUCCCUUGACGGGCGUUUUAAGAGAUCCAAGUAUUCUGCCGCCGCCUGCGGUGGGCGGUCUUCCUGCUCUGUGGUCUAUCUCCUCAGGACCCUCGGCCCAGGUAGACGGUCAGUGUGGAGAGUUGAUGCCGGAAUAUGAGCUUCACCCAAGGGAGGUCACUCCCGCCUCUCGCCCCCUCCACUCUUCACCUCUUUCGUCGUGUUUUGCAGUGGCUGGUAGAGUCGUGACUCCAGCUAAGCCCAGAACUGCUGGAAGGUUUCAUCGAGCCGUUGGAGUGUUUGCUCCAUCGUCGCAUGCUGAUUUCCGUGAGGCUUCGUGGCUGUGUGCACCGAUGAGGGAAGCUUGUCCGCCAUCUUGUCACCACCCGCAAGGCUCAGUCUGGGUGCUGUCGCAGGGAUGGACAGAGGUAUGUGCGUUGAGCCAGUGUGGACUGGGAUGACCACCCGCCAUUCCAGAGGGCGAGGAAACGGGACAGAGAAGGCAAUGCCUCAUUGAGCUGUUCUGUUACGUUCUGCAGGUAGGUAAGGCCGCAGUUGCUUAAGUAGGCCGCAAGCCCUGGAUAUACCAACUCCCCGCAAGGCUUCUCAACAUCCAGCCUAAAGCUCCGCCGGCGGUAUCAGUAGCCGGUCCGGUCUCUGCUGACUGCUUGUAGCCAUGUGGUGAAUCGAUUAUUGGCUUUUUAGCAGCUUAAUUGCAGGUUUCUGAUAGGAGCUCAUCGAGUGUGUGACCACCAAGCAUGACGGUCCGGCCCUGCCCCCCGGGGUUUUACAUUUGUACCCCUGUUCUCUAAAGAGUUAUAGCAAAGAGUCAGAUCUCUCUUACAGCUGCAGCACCAUUGUAGCAACAAUAUAACGGCUGGCUCAGCUUCAUGGGAAACAGAAUGUACAGGUAGAGUGUCAGAGUUUAGUCGCCAUUCAUAUAACACGUUAACCUUCACUGCUGUGUCCUUCACAGACCUCUGUUUCAUGUGACUCCUAGUCUGAUUAAUAACUUCUGUAUUUCUCAAACUGCUGCUUACUCAACCCGGUUCCCUAAUUUUAGUAACGCUUUUUGAAAGGAAACAAAGGAAGACCUUUCAAUUUAGGUUUAACAAGCUGAUCUCUAAUGACAUUGAAUAUUUUCAAACAUAUAGUCCCCUUUUAAUGGCACAUUGAUACUGUGACAGCCACUAAUAUAGGGGGAUUAUCUACUGAACUGGACAUUCUGUAGAAAUAACAAGAGAAUUCCAGGCAUUCAAAGUGAAUUUAUAAUUUUAGGACAAAAAUGCUACACUGAAAACUUAGGAGAAUUGGAUCAUUUUUAAAUUCUGCUAUUCUGGCUUGAAAAGUUAAAUUCACUUUUAAAUAAUUUUGAAUCCCUGACUAUUCACACUUUUUUGAAUAACAUACUUAUAACAUACUGCCUGCUCCUGCUGCUGGAAUUCUUUCGUAAUAUUUUCAGUGAUAUCUAUGGAGUUUGCAAAAUGUUUGGGGGAAUCAGAGGAUUUCACGCACACUUUGACAAACAUUCCAAGAUGGCCCCUGUCUUCAGCAAAUAUGGCAGCCAAAUUAAUUAACUAUACUGCAUUGAGACUUAAGGGGAUACUAUAGGCACUAAAACAACUUUAGCUUAAUGAAGCAGUUUUGGUGUAUAGAACAUGCCCCUGCAGUCUCGCUGCUCAAUUCUCUGCCAUUUAGGAGUUAAUGCAGCCCUAGUCACACCUCCCCGCAUGUGACUUACACAGAUUUCCUAAACACUUCCUUUAAUCAAAGGUUCUGUGAUGACUAUAGUAAACCUUUAAUGAAACUACUUCACACUGAUGUUAAAUAGAGGAUCCCUGGCCCAGUAACAAGAAGGACUAAAAAAUAGAAACAGCAUGGCUUUGUAUUAAUUGUGGGCUCAGGAGCCUGGGUCAGGGAACUGCAGAGUAAAAUGACUCACUGACAUUGAUUUUUGCCAUAAUAACUGGAAAUAUGUACAGGUGACAAAGGAACCAGGAUCAAAAUAUGUAACUGAUUCCGAAUGAAUUAAAACACCAAGACCUGGGAAUGUGGAACACACUGGGAAAUCAGAGAUCUGGGGUUGGACAGGUAUAUUUACGGUUAUUGGAUGGCAAACUGGUUGGUCUUCAAGGGAUGGAGAAUCAAAUCUGUAUCAACGAUCUUUUCAUGGGAACAAGCUCCUGUAUAUUAUUUUACAGCCAACCAUAAAUACAGAGGGUUGUUCAGUGAUUAGACAGAAGACGCAUUAAGGAUUUGGGGGAUUACCCAGUCCUGGUUCAAUGGGAUGCAGUUAUUAAGUGUUACUGGUGAUUAAACAAUGAGAUGCUGAAGAUGCUAUAAUUGGGGAGUAAUUAAACACUAAGAGUCUAAGACAUAAUGGGGAAGCAUUAAUUAAGAUUCAGAGGAUGCAAUAAUUGAACGUUGGAUUCUGCAUCAGAAUAACAGGGAGUCAGGCAUGCAGUGCCAGAGCUGUGCAAGCAGUGAUCAAAAGUAUAGGAUACAGUGAUAGACAGUGCAGUGAUAGUACAUGUAGUGCAGUGACAGAGUAUAGGAUACAGUGAUAGACAGUGCAGUGAUAGUACACGUAGUGCAGUAAUAGAGUAUAGGAUACAGUGAUAGACAGUGCAGUGAUAGUACAUGUAGUGCAGUGACAGAGUAUAGGAUACAGUGAUAGACAGUGCAGUGAUAGUACAUGUAGUGCAGUGACAGAGUAUAGGAUACAGUGAUUGACAGACAGUGCAGUGAUAGUACAUGUAGUGCAGUGACAGAGUAUAGGAUACAGUGAUUGACAGACAGUGCAGUGAUAGUACAUGUAGUGCAGUGACAGAGUAUAGGAUACAGUGAUAGACAGUGCAGUGAUAGUAUAUGUAGUGCAGUGAUCAAAAGUAUAGGAUACAGUGACAGACAGUGCAGUGAUAGUACAUGUAGUGCAGUGACAGAGUAUAAGAUACAGUGAUUGACAGACAGUGCAGUGAUAGUACAUGUAGUGCAGUGACAGAGUAUAGGAUACAGUGAUAGACAGUGCAGUGAUAGUACACGUAGUGCAGUGAUAGAGUAUAGGAUACAGUGAUAGACAGUGCCGUGAUAGUACACGUAGUGCAGUGAUAGAGUAUAGGAUACAGUGAUAGACAGUGCCGUGAUAGUACAUGUAGUGCAGUGAUAGAGUAUAGGAAACAGUGAUAGACAGUGCCGUGAUAGUAUAUGUAGUGCAGUGACAGAGUAUAGGAUACAGUGAUAGACAGUGCAGUGAUAGUACAUGUAGUGCAGUGACAGAGUAUAGGAUACAGUGAUUGACAGACAGUGCAGUGAUAGUACAUGUAGUGCAGUGAUAGAGUAUAGGAUACAGUGAUAGACAGUGCAGUGAUAGUACAUGUAGUGCAGUGACAGAGUAUAGGAUAUAGUGAUAGACAGUGCCAUGAUAGUACAUGUAGUGCAGUGAUAGAUUAAAAUAUACAGUGAUAGACAGUGCAGUGAUAGUAUAUGUAGUGCAGUGAUCAAAAGUAUAGGAUACAGUGACAGACAGUGCAGUGAUAGUACAUGUAGUGCAGUGACAGAGUAUAAGAUACAGUGAUUGACAGACAGUGCAGUGAUAGUACAUGUAGUGCAGUGAUAGAGUAUAGGAUACAGUGAUAGACAGUGCAGUGUUAGUACAUGUAGUGCAGUGAUAGAGUAUAGGAAACAGUGAUAGACAAUGCCGUGAUAGUACAUGUAGUGCAGUGACAGAGUAUAGGAUACAGUGAUUGACAGUGCAGUGAUAGUACAUGUAGUGCAGUGAUAGAGUAUAAGAUACAGUGAUAGACAGUGCAGCGAUAGUACAUGUAGUGCAGUGACAGAGUAUAGGAUACAGUGAUAGACAGUGCAGUUAUGGUACAUGUAAUGCUGUGACAGAGUAUUGGAUACAGUGACAGACAGUGCAGUGAUAGUAUAUUUAGUGCAGUGACAGAGUAUAGGAUACAGUGACAGACAGUGCAGUGAUAGUAUAUUUAGUGCAGUGACAGAGUAUUGGAUACAGUGAUAGACAGUGCAGUGAUAGUACAUGUAGUGCAGUGACAGAGUAUAGGAUACAGUGAUUGACAGACAGUGCAGUGAUAGUACAUGUAGUGCAGUGACAGAGUAUAGGAUACAGUGAUUGACAGACAGUGCAGUGAUAGUACAUGUAGUGCAGUGAUAGAGUAUAGGAUACAGUGACAGACAGUGCAGUGAUAGUACAUGUAGUGCAGUGACAGAGUAUAGGAUACAGUGACAGACAGUGCAGUGAUAGUAUAUUUAGUGCAGUGACAGAGUAUUGGAUACAGUGAUAGACAGUGCAGUGAUAGUAUAUGUAGUGCAGUGACAGAGUAUAGGAUACAGUGAGAGACAGUGCAGUGAUAGUAUAUGUAGUGCAGUGACAGAGUAUCGGAUACAGUGAUAGACAGUGCAGUGAUAGUACAUGUAGUGCAGUGACAGAGUAUAGGAUACAGUGAUUGACAGACAGUGCAGUGAUAGUACAUGUAGUACAGUGACAGAGUAUAGGAUACAGUGAUUGACAGACAGUGCAGUGAUAGUACAUGUAGUGCAGUGACAGAGUAUAGGAUACAGUGACAGACAGUGCAGUGAUAGUAUAUGUAGUGCAGUGACAGAGUAUAGGAUACAGUGAUUGACAGACAGUGCAGUGAUAGUACAUGUAGUGCAGUGACAGAGUAUAGGAUACAGUGACAGACAGUGCAGUGAUAUUAUAUGUAGUGCAGUGACAGAGUAUCGGAUACAGUGAUAGACAGUGCCGUGAUAGUACAUGUAGUGCAGUGACAGAGUAUAGGAUACAGUGAUAGACAGUGCAGUGAUAGUACAUGUAGUGCAGUGACAGAGUAUAGGAUACAGUGAUUGACAGACAGUGCAGUGAUAGUACAUGUAGUGCAGUGAUAGAGUAUAGGAUACAGUGACAGACAGUGCAGUGAUAGUACAUGUAGUGCAGUGACAGAGUAUAGGAUACAGUGAUAGACAGUGCAGUGAUAGUACAUGUAGUGCAGUGACAGAGUAUAGGAUACAGUGAUUGACAGACAGUGCAGUGAUAGUACAUGUAGUGCAGUGAUAGAGUAUAGGAUACAGUGACAGUCAGUGCAGUGAUAGUACAUGUAGUACAGUGACAGAGUGUAGGAUACAGUGAUAGACAGUGCAGUGAUAGUACAUGUAGUGCAGUGACAGAGUAUAGGAUACAGUGAUUGACAGACAGUGCAGUGAUAGUACAUGUAGUGCAGUGACAGAGUAUAAGAUACAGUGACAGACAAUGCAGUGAUAGUAUAUGUAGUGCAGUGACAGAGUAUAAGAUACAGUGACAGACAAUGCAGUGAUAGUAUAUGUAGUGCAGUGACAGAGUAUAGGAUACAGUGAUUGACAGUGCAGUGAUAGUACAUGUAGUGCAGUGACAGAGUAUAGGAUACAGUGACAGACAGUGCAGUGAUAGUAUAUUUAGUGCAGUGACAGAGUUUAGGAUACAGUGACAGACAGUGCAGUGAUAAUACAUGUAGUGCAGUGACAGAGUAUAAGAUACAGCGACAGACAGUGCAGUGAUAGUAUAUGUAGUGCAGUGACAGAGUAUUGGAUACAGUGAUAGACAGUGCAGUGAUAGUACAUGUAGUGCAGUGACAGAGUAUAAGAUACAGUGACAGACAGUGCAUUGAUAGUAUAUGUAGUGCAGUGACAGAGUAUAGGAUACAGUGCAGUGAUAGUACAUGUAGUGCAGUGACAGAGUAUAAUAUACAGUGACAGACAGUGCAGUGAUAGUAUAUUUAGUGCAGUGACAGAGUUUAGGAUACAGUGACAGACAGUGCAGUGAUAAUACAUGUAGUGCAGUGACAGAGUAUAAGAUACAGUGACAGACAGUGCAGUGAUAGUAUAUGUAGUGCAGUGAUAGAUUAAAAGAUACAGUGAUAGACAGUGCAGUGAUAAUACAUGUAGUGCAGUGACAAAGUAUAAGAUACAGUGACAGACAGUGCAGUGAUAAUACAUGUAGUGCAGUGACAGAGUAUAAGAUACAGCGACAGAAAGUGCAGUGAUAGUAUAUGUAGUGCAGUGAUAGAUUAAAAGAUACAGUGAUAGACAGUGCAGUGAUAAUACAUGUAGUGCUGUGACAGAGUAUAAGAUACAGCGACAGACAGUGCAGUGAUAGUAUAUGUAGUGCAGUGACAGAGUAUUGGAUACAGUGAUAGUGCAGUGAUAAUACAUGUAGUGCAGUGACAGAGUAUAGGAUACAGUGACAGACAGUGCAGUGAUAGUAUAUGUAGUGCAGUGAUAGAUUAAAAGAUACAGUGAUAGACAGUGCAGUGAUAAUACAUGUAGUGCAGUGACAGAGUAUAAGAUACAGUGACAGACAGUGACCUAGACAUCUAUAGCCCGAAAUGAAUCAAAAUAACAUUGUGCAAAGUGCCCGUUGGUGCUAGAUAGACGAAAAAUAAAUGAACCCAACACGCGUUUCGGCGUGACUACACACCGUCCUCAGGGGUAUCACUGUAUCCUAAACUCUGUCACUGCACUACAUUGCAAUACCCCUGAGGACGGCGUGUAGUCACGCCGAAACGCGUGUUGGGUUCAUUUAUUUUUCGUCUAUCUAGCACUAACGAGCACUUUGCACAAUGUUAUUUUGAUUCAUUUCGGGCUAUAGAUGUCUAGGUCUAGAUACUAGAUUAGAACACCCAUGAAGGUGUUAUAUAGGAGAUAGAGGGUUAGCUUAGAGAGAUGGUUAUAUUGUGGGAUUCCUUUGGUUUGGGAAAGGGUUUUUGUUUUUGGGUCUAGUAUUUUUAUUUGUACCCCUUACGAUAAUUGGUGCUUUUUUACCCCUUUUUGGGCUACUAUAUACUAUAUACCCAUUCAAUUUACCCUCCUCUCACCUCUUUUUCUCAUGUUCUCUCUGCUGUUAUCCCCUGAGGUAUACAUAGUUUAGUUUACUGUCACUUUGGCUCUUUAUUAAGCUUAUUAUUGGCUUCUUAACAUGUUAUACCUCUCUCCAUAUCAGAUCCUAGACAUCUUUGUUUAGCCCUAGGUUUUUACUAUAUUCUAAUAAAGUUUUAUUAUUUUUUGGUACUCUUUAUACUUACUUUUGAGAUUGGACUGGGUUCCUUUCCUAUUGGCUACCUUCUAGUAAGGCAGCUUUCUGGAUACUAUAUUUUCUUUAAUUUAUUAUCUUCUGAGUUACCCCCUACUAACCAGUCUAGGUGACCUUAUUUACUCAAGAGAGGGGAGGGGGGCAGGUUUUUCUCUGUCUUACCUUCCGGUCUCUCGUGUUUUCUAUAUAUAUUCUGAUUUUCUAUAACUACACUGCACAAUAAAAAUAGAAAUAAAAUCAAUGUUUGUAACUGAUGGAUUCCACCCGCCUUCUGCUUGCGUUUCGGAUGGGAACUCAGUGCCACAUGCUUUGGAAACUAUGAUCAUCUGCAGCUGGGGGAAAAAAUGAAAAAUAAAUCCCAAACGUCUAUUUUUGCCCCUUUAGAAAAUGACAUAUUAUUUAUCAUGAAUUAUAGCACUCUUUCUAUCAGAAACACACGGUACCAGGAAAACACUGGGGAACAUAAAGCCUUACUGUUUGUGUAUUUAAACUUGAUUAAUUUACAUUUAUUAACAAUUAUCCUUAAUACACUUUGAACAUUCUGUGAAAAGAUGUAUAUAUAGAUUUUUUUUUCAUGCAUUCCCCGUUGUCUCUUUCUACCCUUUCCCAGCCCUUCUGUGUGUCUCAUUUCCCCCCACAACCUCUCCAUGUGUAACAUUUGCCCUAUAGCCCAUCCAUGUGUCUUAUUCCCCCCCACCUGUUUCAUUUGUCUCAUUCCCCCCAGUCCCUCCAUGUGUCUUAUUCCUCCAGCCCCUAAAUGUGACUUGUUCAUCCGCAGCUCCCCCAUGUGUCUUAUUCCCCCCAGCCCCUCGUGUCUUAUUCACCCUCCAGCUGCUACAUGUGUCUUAUUCCCCCCAUCCCCUCCAUAUGUCUAACUCCCCCAGUCCCUCCAUGUGUCUUAUUUCUCCAGCCCCUACAUGUGACUUGUUCACCCGCAGCUCCCCCAUGUGUCUUAUUCCCCCCAGCCCCUCAUGUGUCUUAUUCACCCCCCAGCUGCCACAUGUGUCUUAUUCCCCCAGCCCCUCCAUGUGUCUAAUUUACACCCCAGCUUCUCCAUGUGUCCCAUUCACCCCUUAGCCCCUCCAUGUAUCUCAUUUCCCUCAACCCCUCAAUAUGUGUCAUACCCCAGCCCCUCUAUGUGUCUCAUUUCCCCCCCUAACCCACCAUAGGUCUCAUUCCUCCAGCCCCUCCAUGUUUCCCAUUCACCCUCAGCCCCUCCUGUACCUUCUUGUAGCAUGGCCAAGCCCCUGCCUGACAGGAAGCAGUUUAGCGCUCUCAGUGAGCACUUCUAUCAGGCCGGGUAGGGGAACAGAAGCUCCUCCACCCCCGGUUUGCUCGGUCACACUGUGACCGGCAGGAGGGGAGUGAUUCCAUUCCUGCCGGUCACCCAGUGAUUGUGGCAUGCAUUCAGAAAAAAAUCCAUUAAAAAAAAGGUCCAUAUAAACUGUAUUUGGAGAGACAUGUUGAGGAGCAUAUAAAAAGAAAUUUGUUUAUUAAUAUUAUUUUUUAAUAUUUUUAAUAUCUAUAUAAUGUAUUAAAAAAAACUAUUAAUCAAAUCAUGCCUGGAUUGUCCAUUUAAAGCAAAAGACACGUCACUUUAAAUUCUAUUCUCAUUAUAAAAUACCUCCUGAAUAGACACAUUUAUUGGGUCUGUUAUUGGGUGUAGACUAUCUCAUUCCCUCACACAUAACAAAAUAAAUGUUUUCUGCAUACACUCAUGCUGUGUACAGAUAAGGGGAUAGGCAGGACUCUUUAAAAAGGAGAUGUAAGGAAGGUUUGGCGGUUUUACAUUAUUGAAAGUAAUGUGUAUAUUCCCAUUCAAUGUUCAAAGCUUUAUGUGUUUCUAACAUAGAAAUGCAGGUUUGCGCCGUGUGUUACUUGUCAGGCGCAGUUCUGCCUGCUGCUUCCAUUAUACUGCUGUCCAUCUAUUUAUAGCUAUAAAUAUCUUUCUAUACUUUCCCCACCACGCUACAAACCCCUUGUCUAUUUCCUCCACUCUAUGUUACCAUACAUAAGGUUCGAUUUAAUUUCUUUUUGGGUAAACUUUUUUCAAAUGAUUUAAUAUUUUUGGAUAAACUUUUCAAAUAUUAUUUUUUUUUAAAAUAUUAAACUAUUGAUAUAUAUAAAUAUAGCAAUACAGCUAAAAAUAUCAAAAUAUUACAGUAUUUUUCAAAAGAUUAAAACAUUAGCUCUGGGUACGUUGGAUGCUGCAUGGCUUAAGGCGGUCUUGACGAGGACACCCAAGUUUAUUAGGUCAGAAAUUCUUUGGGUUGUAGUGUUAGAAUAUAUUUCCUUUAAUUUAUUAUCUUUGAUUAAUAACCUGUUAUUUAUUUUUCUACCAAUCAAUGUUGUUGUGUGCUAUUAAUCACAAAAUGUUUAUCUUAUCCGAUUUCCAUAAUUUGCAGUUAAGUGAUUGAAACCAACGCCCUCACUGUCUGCAUUGUCCCACCGGAACCCGGCCAGUUGGUCCAACUGUAUUGAUUUUCACAUCUCCCCAACUGACAUGGGUAGAAUUAAGGGUGUUUGAGGACAAAGGCCGCAAUAUUUUUAGAGCACAACACGAUAGCUAAGGAAGGUUCUAAUGGAAUGUUUUCCUGCAAAAUCAAUAUCAGAAAUGUCCAGGAUGAUAUCCUCCUUCCACAUUAUUAUUUUAUUAUUUAUAUAGAUGUUAUAUACCCAAUUAAAUUUAGCGCCAUCAGAUUCCGUAGCGCUGUACAAUGGGUGGACUAACAGACAUGUAAUUGUAACCAGACAACUGGAUGUACAGGAACAGAGAAGUGGAGGGCCCUGCUCAAUGAGCUUACAUUCUAGAAUUAUGAACAUAAGAAAGAAACAGAAUGUGGACCCCUCUUCCUUCCUGUACAGGUACCAAUAGGUGAGGUGCCCCCAUGCAGCCCGAUUUUGCCUCUAGGACCAAUCGUGCUGAUUACACUGAGACCUAGUGGCAAAUCAGGCGGUUCCCAGAACCCAGAUCAGCUCUAAUUAUACUCGAGCUGCUAGGGAAGAAAGCAGAACCUAUAAUGCAGAGGAUUGUAUCAGCCUCUUUGUGAGACGCUAAAUCCAGCAGCUGAUUCAGCAAAUUUGUAUUUUUUUGACUUGAAACAUGUACAGUCCUAUCUUCAUCUUUUAGGUAAUGAAUUGCUGGUACAUGUCACAAAAUUCUAACACCUGACACAUUCCAAUGUGCUUACAUUAGAGCUGGUCAUGAAGAGGUUAAAUAUCCCUCCCUGAACCCCUUUUUGCUAGGGUGGGACCCAGCCGAUUGCCAGUAUCGGAAAGUUAGAGGUGCCUUUGCAGUUAGGGAUCCUGUGCAAUGCUUGCUGCUAUUUUCUUAUGUUCCUGCAGUAGCCUGCCUUGUAACAUCCCAUCGCAAUACACGGUCUCUCUGCUAUAAUUGGAAGUGAAUCCCUUGCUGGUUAAUACUGCAGGGAGAGCCAUUGAUAAAAUAACCCACAGUGACUGCAUAUUAUACAGCCAGGGUCUAAGCGCCCAGACACUGGUCCUCGCCUUUCAUAGAAUUCGUCACUCCCAUCCCCCUUCCCAGUCUUUCUCUCCUGCCAUUUCCCACCCUCAUAGCCAUUCUCAUUGCUGUUUUCCUCUCCUCUACAUUCAUUCUUUUACGCAUUGGUAUAAUUAGAUUUUUCUCUGUGUUGCCUUUCGGUUCUUUACCGUUUCUCUAUAUUUUUUUCAUAUUUUAUCCUCCCCUCCCCCCAAGCUCUUCUCCUUAGAUUCUUUUAUCCUAGUGAGUUUAUGACAUCUUUAAUUCAUCACGUCUCGUAUUGAUUCUAUACCCCUUCCUGUUUAUCUCCUCUGGAUUCUAUCCUACAACCCCUGCAAAUCUCCCCGUAUUUUCCACACUUUACCCAAUCUCUCGUUUAUGUUCUAUAAUCCUGUUAAUCUCUUGUUUAAAUCUCACACAUAAUGUCUGCCCUCCUUUACAUCCUAUACCCUGCUCAGACGUUCAGCAUUCCCUUCCUUCCCCCUCGUAUAUCCUUAAAACGCUGCCUGUUACCUGUUUUAUUUUAUGCAAUCUACCCAUCCCCUGGUCUAUUUCCUCGUUCCCUCCUUCACUGCUUCAUUUGAAUUACUUAGCUCUCAUUUUGCUUCUGUACUCCAUCAUUUUUCAAACCUGUCAUCCAUCUUUUAUUAUUAUAUUAUUACUGAAAACAACAGAUUAAUAGAUGUGAGUAAUAAAUAUUUUUCUGGCUUCCUUUCUCUAUGGCGGAGCCUAAGAUUAGCCAUUUUUAGUCAGAAGCGCUAUAUCUGCUAAGAUCACACAAUAUGACGGUGUGAAAUUGUCCCAGAGUGUAUUUUUUACACACCCAGCACUUUCAUGUGACAUUAGGAUUUUGUGAAUUCACACUAGAUCCUGAUUAGAUGCGUGUCGUUUGUAAAAUAAAUUGCCUAAAUAACCCCCCACACUAUUUAGUAGAUAUAUUGCCUAAUUAUGCCCUUUUCAUUGGGGAUAUAUCAAAAAGCAGCUUGCAAAAGUUGCGGGUCUCUCGUCUGCAGCCUUUGCAAGCCCUCCCCUUUUCCCCAAUCCAGACUUUCUGCAUCUGUCCAAUCACUGACUUCCCAAUGCAGCUCAAUAAAAAGUCUUUGCAAAGCAGGUGGCCUGUUUUGAGAUUAGCUCCACUGAGCUAACUAAACCAGGAAGUAACGGGACCAGUUGUCUGCCAGAUGCACACAGAGAUACACACAGAGAUACACACAUUACCAGAUACACACUGCAAGACACACUUACACAUUGCCUGAGCAGGGGACAUCAUAGAUACAUAAUGUACGUACGUGUGUCUCCCUACAUGGAUUACAAAGUGUUAGAAGGCUGCGUGCAGGCCCUAGUACUGGCUGUACCCUUUGAGUACUAUAUAUAAUCUACAAGUACUUCAUACGAAGGGUGAAUCACAAGAAAAUGAAACUCCUAUUAACCUCGAUAUAUGAUUUAAUCUCACUCAGACUUUUGUUUGUCCGAGCAGAGCACAAAGCACUUUUUGUUAAUGUACGCCCAACUUCCCUUGUUGCAGUUACUUGUUUGUCCAACUAUUGUACAGCGCUACAAUAUGCGGUGGUGCUCUAUAAAUAAAAUAAAAAUAACUGAAGUUCACUAGCAUCUAUGUAUGUAUGCUUUGUGUCUGUCUAUUGAUUCAAGGUGCUAGUAGUGUUUGAAUGUAAUGAACAUUUCUGAGUAUCUCCAAUCAUAUCUAGUUGAGAUAUCAUUGCUGUGACAUGACACACAUUUAGCAUAUCCAUUAUUUGUGACCAAAACACUACCAGCUCAGGGUUGGGUAUCCGCCUCAUGCAUUCCCCACCUUCAACCCCCCCUGGCUAUUCUGCUUCUGAUUGCAGUGGAAAAAUCCAGCACCUGAGUAAACGUAACUUCUAGGUAUUUUUAAAAGGGCAGGUUAAUUUAAGGAAAAUGGAGUCAUGCUAGUUUGGCUUUGUCACAAAUGCCGUGUUGGGAUCAUUUGUGGAAUUUACAACUUGCCUCUCGUAAGUGUUUUCAUGCACACAUAAACCUACCUUAAAUCACAUGUCAAAGCAUAUUUCAAAUAUCUGGAUGGUGCACUGUAAUUUAUUAUAUUCUAGUUAGAUUGGACAAUAGCUGUGCCUCUCUCUCUCUCGUUCUUUUUUUAACUAUGACAAGUAUACUUCCAGCAGGGCUCCAACACUCCUCCUGAGUAAUAUUUCAUAGACCCUGUAGGCCCGCAGCGGCAAAUGAAUUGUAAGACCUUCAUAGUAUCUUAGGACUUAAAAUUCAAAGCCCUGUUUCCAGGAUGGGUGUUGGGCAGAUGGGGGUGGAACUGACAUGGCGGUGUAUCUUGAUGACACGACCUUAUUACGGCCAAGCAAGUAACCACAUAUUCCAUUACUGGUGACAUGUUUGGCCAUGAAAAGGACAUGUUAUCUUGGGAUGACAGGCUGACAGGCAAAGAAGCCAAAUAGUGCAUCCCAUACAUAGACCACCUCUGAAGCGCUCCCUAACAGGCUAAAAUGUUCUGUAAUUCUUGUAUAGGGCAGUGAAAGCAAUUUAAACAUUCACUCAACCCCAUCACUGGUGAUCCCAAGUGCCAAUUUCACAGUUUUUCUCCUUUUUCUAUCUAGCUCCUUGCCCCCUUAUGACUUUCUUUUUUUCCUAGGCCUCGACAUGUGACUCCUUGAUCUUCAAAACUAAAUUAAAACACAGUUCAGCUGUCCUUUUAUGGGGUCCGGACCAAUUAUCUCACAAGAUCUACAUUCCUUUCUGGGACUUCAGACACAAAAAAGCGAGGGAUAACAGAUGAAUACUUAAAGGGACAGUUACCAAGCCUUUCGUGUGGUGCCUGGUGUCACCCUUGUCUUAGUAUGGAGGGAGCCUGGGUAUUGCAAAUGUAUACUGUAUAUUCUGUUGACCUCUAUGCAAAGUUGACCUCUUUACAUCAUUGGAGAUUUUUAAGAAUUCUACAUAUCAGCAAUCUGUGGUUCAGGAAGCUGAAGAUAAUUGUAUGGAAACUCUUCAGAACACACUUGCAGUUAUAAUUCAUUGGAAACAUCUUCUGUCACAUUUAGGUGUGUUUGCUGCAGAACUCCUUUAUGUGGUCCUUCAAGAAAGCAGCCAUAACAGAGAUACCCCUGGGACACUUGGACAAUGACAAAAACUACUUAUCCCGUACUAUCUUCCUUUGCUCUCCAUCUCUCCAUUGCAGAACACAUAUUUCAAUGUGAUUGCAGCUAGCCUUCUAACUAGAUAAGACUGUUUUAGACAAUUCCUGCUUUGUACCUCUCUUUUCUGAGAGUUGUUUGAUUUUCAGUAAAUGUUUUACCUCUGUUGGUGUCUCCGUAUAGUGGGCCAAAUCUGCUCCAAAAGCUCCUCAAAGCAUUCAUUUUCAUCUGAGUUUCAAUGACAGAGACACAAUGACCUAAACCAGUGGUUCAAACCUUAGUCCUCAAACCAUACAAGCAAUCCAAGAUUUAGGCACUUUGUAUAGCAAUGGGGAUACUGACAAAACCUAAAGUGUUGGGGUAGGCAACAUUUAGCAUUCCAGAGUUUGUGGACUACAUCUCCCAUAAUGCUCUUACACCAAUAAUGCUGGCAAAAUAUCAGGGAAGAUGUAGUCCACAGCAUCUGGAGUGCUAAAGGUUGCCUAGCUCUGUGUUGUAAACCAACAUUCUACACUUAGAGCUGUUCAAUCUGUAGUCUGUCUAUCUUGUUAGUAUUUCUAAUGAUUUAGACUGCUACUUGGUUAAUAUUAGAAUCUGAACACACGUACUAGGUGGUGAUACUACCAGUGCAUACAGUGGAGCGCUAAAAGGAUAUGAAAAACAGUACACUUACCCUCAUACAAUAAGGGUUACCAUAGGAAACCUACAAUACAAAAAGAGAGCGCUAUAUGGUGCAAUAAAGUCUUAAAUCAAAAAGUGUGGAAAAAUGAUAAAUGGUAACACACAUCACAAGUGUAGAGCCAAUGGGAUAGGCUCAAAUCACCCUGGGAGAUGUGUUCUAUGGGGACACUGUCCUUGUUCUGUCUUUAAGUUGGAUACACUCAAAGGGGAGACAAUAAAACGGAGGAAAGUGGCAGCCUCUAGUGAAGUAUGUCAGGCAAUAUAAAGUGACUAUAAAGUGUGCAUAAUCACAUAGAUAAACCACUCACCUUGUUUAGGAGCCUUAUGUCACUUAGGGGGUGACACUGCCCUUCAUUGAAGUUGCAGUAGAUUCUGAAGAUGGCAUCAGACAAUAUUAGCAGAAAAGUAAGUAAAUAUUUAUUAAGACAAUUAGACAAAUAGUACUUAAUAGUAUCUGUGUUGCUGCUAAUUGUGAAUAAUUACCCUAUUCAAAAUCAGGACGAAAUGUGGUAAAAACACAGACACAUUAUUUAACGAUUGGGAUUUUAGUAUCCCCCAUAACAGUCAGGAUCUAAAAUUCUAAACUGUCAACGGAGACUUGAAAGGGCACUAGGGAGAGAGAUUCAAAUUAAAUGAGAGAUUGCAACAUUAGAAAAAUUUACAAAAGAAAAAAUAACCCCUAGAGGCCUUAGAUUUUAAAAUAAUCCCUCAUUCGUUCAGGAGGAAGAAGACUUUAUUGAGGAAAUGGAUGAACAUGUUAGAAGGUUUUUCCUUCGGACGAUUAUAUAUGGUUUUUAUUGUAAGUACUAUUUGUCUUUGUCCAUAUUUACUUACUUUACUUACUUUUCUGCUAAUAUUGUCUGGUGCCAUCUUCAGAAUCUACUUCAACUUUAAAGAAUGAGGCAGUCUGUGCACUGGUGGUAGUAUCACCACCUAGUACGUUUGUUCAUAUUAUCUUAUGCUGUAUGUAGCUGGGGAGGAACUCACAUAAGUGUGGUAGCAGCUUUUAUGCAUAUAUCAUUUUGAGAAUUUUUAAGCGCAGAUUUUCUUUCUGUUUUUAAUAUCAGAAUCUACAGGUAUUUGCUAAGAAACUAUAAUGUUUAUGUGUGCCUGUUGGAUAAAAUGUUGCUAUUUUGAUUACUCGGCUGGAUUAAUCUAACAUGAAUUUAAUAAGAAUCAUUGAGGAAAACUGGUCUGAAAUACUGUCAAAUGUUUUAAACGCUUUAUUUUUUUCACCUUGUAACAGCUGUAACAACAAAUAAAUACACUCAUAUUAACCUAAUAUCCAAAAAGUAUGAAAUAUUAAUACUUAAAAAAAUGAUUGUGAAUUUAUUUCCUAUCAAGUAAAUAGGACUCCCCUAUCAAAAGGGACACUCCAGGAACUCACUGUUAUAAAGGCGGAUAUGGGACAUAAAAAGAAAGUUAAAAAUCUCUCUUUCCAGUUGUGUGCGUAGGACAGGAGCUAAUGUCUGUCCAGAAGGUGGGUGGUGUCAGCUUAGAAUGUACCUUGAAAGGGGGAACUUUUCAUCCACGUGAUUUGUAGAAUAGAGUUUCACUGUGUACAUCACAGACAGUCGCCUAACCCCAAACUUGAAGCCUGGAAAUGCGAUGGACAUGUUCCUUAAAUCUAACCUCACAACUGAGAAUGGUGUCUUUAUAAAUGGUGCUUCAAUGACACGGGGGAGCUUAUAGCAAAUUUAAAGGACAACUCUCGUCAAAUAUUCACUUUUUGUUUUUGAAACGUUUGUUACAUUUAAUUAAACUUAAUAUUGUUUUUAAAUUGCAUAAACUUAUUUUUUUAAAGAAAAUUUCACUUUUUUUCAAUUUGGCUGAGCAGCCAUUUUGGGCCAGAUUCUAUUGUUAUCUGAGAAUCUACCACUCAGCCUAACUUGCCUACUGCUGCAGUUUCUCAUAGAACUAUCACAGCAACGGGCAAGUUAGGUUAAGCAGCAGUUGGUCAGAUAACAGUAGAGUCUGACCCAACAUGAACGCUUAGCCAGGUAAAGCGAGGAAUUUCAGUUUCAGUAUACAUAAUUUAAUAUAUAUAUAUAUAUAUAUAUAUAUAUAUAUAUAUAUAUAUAUAUAUAUAUAUAAUUAAGUUUCAUUAAAUGUAAUAACUUGAAAAAAGUGAGAAGUGAAAGUCUGAUGACAGUCAUCCUUUAAAAACAAAUGUUAAAAUUCCAGGCCUACAUUGUGAUUGUAGAGAUUGCGUUUUUGUUUAAUGUGUUAAACACAUUCUGGGUUGGUCAUAAAACAAAUUAUACUAUAGACUGUAAGCUCAUUUGAGCAGGGUCCUCUUCAACCUAUCGUUCCUAUAAGUUUUCUUGUAAUUGUCCUAUUUAUAGUUAAAUUCUACCCACCCCCCCUCUCAUAAUAUUGUAAAGCACUACAGAAUCUGCUGACGCUAUAUAAACGGCAAUAAUAAUAAUUAAAAAUAUCUAACUCUGUUGAAAGAAAAAAAAACAAAAGAAACUAGCUGACUUCCAGACCUUUCCAAUUUUUCCAUUUCCACCCAAAUUUUGGCAAUCCUCAGGUCGGCGCCCUGUUUGGCAAAUAAACCUGGCGGAGGGUUCGUUAAUUUACCAAACUGGGAAUUUAUGAGAAUUGACAUAAGAUUUGCACACGUAAGGCAGAGGUGGAAUAAAGCAGUCGAGCUUUUUAAAAAAAAUUGUUUUUCAGUUUUGGCUACAUCGGUCUUAAAUUUGCAAUUCCCUCGUUAAUUCUCUAAUAAAUUGUGUUUUAAAUUUACAUAAACCCCAAUGCGCACAUUAUUAUUAUUAAAUAUGUCCUUUAAAUGGCCACCUUGUCAUUUUUCAGACAUUAUUUUAAUUAAUUUUAUAUUCUGGGUCUAUUUUGGGCUGCACUCUGUUUAACACUUUAUUCUUUACAUUAAAUAUUAUGGGAAGGCUUAUCUCCCUAGACAGAACCAGAUCUGCCUCACACCAUUUACAUUAUGUUAAUGAAACCAGAAUGACGCAUCAGUCUCCUACACCCAAGCGGACUGUACCAACUCAUCCUGAGAAUGAUCCCUGUCACGUUUAUAUAUAUAUACUCUCAAAUCCGGCUCAACAAACACUAUCUCAUUCCCCUAUGGCUUAUCUUCGCCGUGUUUGACCUCAUAAUAGACCUGACCGCCCAAUCGAGUGAACCCUGGCUCCCCCCAUGCCGUCGUGCAUGUGGCACGUCCCAUCUGAUGGCCAGGGGUCUGGGCGGGGCGUUCGGCGCCGUCAGCGAAUGGUGGGAGGGAGUUGGCGUCACGUGACGCGGCGGCCAUUUUGUGCUGCGGUAAGAGGUAUUUAGAGCGUCGAGCAGCCUCCGAGCCCGUCAGUGUGAGAGCAGCAGCCGCCCCGACAGGAUACCCACCCGGAAAGACCCCCUAUCCUCCACCUCCCCCGCAGCUCCGCGUACUCUGUGCCCCGCUCUCUGCUGGUGUAAAGGAGCACCUUCUCCCGGACACGAUGUCUAGCACGGCCGCCGCUCCCGAGUACUCCGCCUUCUUCGCCGUCAUGGGCGCCUCGUCUGCCAUGGUCUUCAGCGGUGAGACCCCCCUGUCCGCCAUUACCCGCCUAUAGCCGGGCCCUCCCACCCCGGCACUCAGGGGGUUAACUAACCUGGCAGCCAGUGCUGGGGGGCAAGGGGUUAAACCAUCAAUCAAUAUCGUGUCUCUCAGGGCCACAGAGCCGAUAUCUGUAAUAACUGGGUGUCCUCCUAUCGAUAAUGCUAUACAUUGUUUCCUGCUUAUAUUUAUAUAGAAUGGGGGUGUCUGGUUUGCAUUGGGGUUUAGGCUGGCUGUGCAUGAUGAGAGUUGUGGGUCAGGAGCUGCCAUGGUCACUGGCUCCUGAUGUGAGCUGUCCUUGGUUUAUAUGGGGUAUGGUGGGUGCUGAAUUAUAGAGUGAAUUCUCACUGACAUGUAAUGUAUUAUAUAUGGGGGAUUUACUGUGAUAGAUCACUGACAUGUAAUGUAUUAUCUAUGGGGGGUAUAUACACUGUGAAUUUUCACUGGCUGACAUUUAAAUGCCUGAUAUGGGGGAUGCUAUAAAGGAUACUGGGUUAUAUAUUGUGAAUUGUCACUGGCUGACAUGCAAUGUAUGAUAUGGCAAGGAUAUAAUAGAUGGGAUAUAUAUUGAAUUAUCACUGGCUGACAUGCAAUGUAUAUAAGGGGUACUGGGUUAUGGUGUGAAUUAUCGCUGGUUUAUUUGUGUGCUGCUAUGAGGAUGUAUGGAGGGGAGGUAAUGGGUGUUAAAUUAUAACUGCGGUUUGUAUGAAAUGUCUGAUCAUGGGAGGUGUAUAGUUAUGGAUUAUAUUGUUGAUAUUCCUUGGCUUGCUUCCUAUGUGUUUUUAUAGGAAGGCAUAUGGGAAUAUUUUUUUCUAAAUUGUCCUUUGUUUGUCUAUAGGAGGUAUAUGGCUUAUACUGUACAUUUUCCCUGACUCUAGACUUGUUAUGUUUAUAUUAUCCUCAGUUUGUAUGUCUCUAUAGGAGGUGGAUUAUAUUAUAAAUUGUCCUUGGUUUGUAUGUCUAUAAGACAAUAUUAUAAAUUGUCCUCGGUUUGUAUGUCUAUAAGAUUAUAUUAUAAAUUGCCCUUGGUUUUAGGCUGCUAUUGGGGGUGAUGGUGUCUCUAGGUGGCCGAUCCUCAUUCCGUGGAUCAUGUGACCAGGCUCCAUACUGCCAUCUUUCUUCCUCAUUUCGGUUCACUGGCUUCUCCUAUGGCUGCUGUUUCUACCUGCAGAGCCGAGCGGCUUCGGCUGUUUCCGUGAGCGGCCGCUCGGGAUGCUCUGUAUUCCAGGGCUGUAGUAAGGAUGGGGGGGGAGAGAAUCUGUGAAUCGCCCACGGGGGACGCCGAGAGCUGACGUCACUGGGUGAUCCCAGCAGCUGGUGAGCAGUCACAUGACUGCAGAGGAAAGAAUGGCAUGGGGGUUGGGAUCAGUACUACUAUCCAUGUAGUAUUGGGAUGAGCUUUAGGGGUUAAUGUUCAGACUCGUGACUUUCUGAUAUGUAGCCAUGUUUUACUGUUAAAAACCCUAAGGUUGUAAAAAAAAUGGGAUAAGAGGAAGUUAUCAGACCAGACUGUCUUGAGCAGAAUAUACUGGGUGGUUUUUGGUUUUAUAGAGAUGUAUUUUGGUUUUUCCCCCUCCAUUCAUUCUUAAAUCCUCUUGUUACAUCAGUUUUAAACUGACCAUAAGCUAAUAGUGGACAUUCCUAUACUAGUUGUAGGAUGAUGUGUGUUCUAUGCAUUUCCUUCAGACUCUUCAAACAGCAUUGUGGUCCAUCUGAACAUAACUAGUAUUUUGUUUAUAAUUGACAUUAUACAAUUUAAAAAAAAAAAAUCUAAUUUGAAUUGUUUAGUUUAAUACUUCCUGUAUGCCUAAACUUAGAACAUUUCAUAGUUUGCCCUGUAACGUAUAAUUGAACCCUUUUCCCAGUGUCUUGUGGUUAAAAAUUUUUUUUUUUUCACAUGAUCACUUCUAGAGGAAGGUCAUGCGUUUACAGCAAAAGGUAAUAUAAAACUUCAAUUGUUCUAUAGAUGACAGUGUGCUGGAGGUCAUUUUAUUGCUCGUGUUUUAAGUAAUUGUGGAAGUUGAGGCUGUACUUGUGUGAUCAAGCAUGGGUUGAUGGAUGCUGCAGGAAUCAGGGCAAUGUGACCUUCAGUGUUUUUGUAAUGAUUGGCUUUAGAUGUAUCUACCUCUACUACUGCUUCCUGCAAGAUUGUCUGUCCUCACUAAAUCUGCACAAUGACUUGUGGCAUGGAUCUAUUUUUGGACUGUUUCUUGCAGUUCUAUCAUCCUGCAGUUUUUCUGGCCCGUCUGUAGCCAUAUUACUUCACAAUCACCUGGCAGAUGGUGUGAAUCUCACAUCUUUAAUGCACAAUGCUUGAAUCUUGUACAUUCCUUGUGCUGUCAGCUAACUGUACAGCUAUAAAUGUAGCCAUUGAAGCCCAGAGAAUCUGCCGCACUUGUUAACAAACUGCUUCAUCUUAUCUUCUAAAGGCUUGACAUUAGCGUAAAUUCUUAGCAGGCGUCACUGGGGGGAAAACCUAAGCUUCCUGACUUGGUAUAGACUGCUUUUGCAGCAGGUCUUCCAACUGCACCUCCCUAUCAAAAUAUUAACUUGUACUUUAAAAAAAAAAAAAAUUUAUUACAAAUUGGUAAUUGAAUCAGAUGGUGAAUUGUGGCCUAGAUGAAAUGUAUUAAAUCAUCUGUAGGUUGGCUUACUGGUGUGGACAAAUAAUAAAACAGUAGGAAUAUUCUGUUUUGGAUUAGUCUGCAUCUUGACUGCAGUGACUUGUACCUAGUCUUUAAAGUGACACUCUAGGCAGCAAAACUUCUAUCACAAUGAACUUCUAGCAUAAAGUGCUGGGUUACUUGAAGGGGGCAAUUAAUGGAAUAGCUUAAACACUUUAAUUUAAAGUUGAUGCCUGAUUGCUCUGUAUCUGUACUAACGCUCAAUCCCUGGAAGCCUUGGAACUGGCGCUGCUGAUUCCGUUUGCGAAGAGCCUGAAUAGGAUACAUAUAAUUUUCUACUGUCAGUACAUAACCUAAUCCCAGCAAAUGUUUUUGCACUCCUCAGCAAUGUAUUCAAAUUGAUACAUUUUUGGAAUGACAUGGAUAUUCUAAAUAAAGUCAGUGUAUCAAUUUAUGGAACUUUGUCUGUCUUGAGUUUUCAGGUUUCCAUAAUAGGCGUGACUGUCCUACAUUGUUUGCUUUUCGGUGAAAAUGCUCUUUAAUAAUCAGACUCUUUAACUGGCACGGGAGAUGCUAGUAGCUAGUUUGGCCAUAGCUUUUGCCUUAGUACAUGAAAAGGCAGACCUCAAAGACCAUGUGACAGCCUUUUGAAGGUAAUGCUGAUUUCUGGUGAAUCUGGAAAAGUGGCAUUUUGGUAAGUGUCAAAAUUGCUGUUUCUUGUUUACCUCCCUUUGAUUUGUUAUAGCUCACAUUACUGACCAGUGGGAGAAUGAUCCAUGACUGGCAGAUCUUGCUCUUGUUGAAAGGGAAUUUUAAAUCUAGUCUUGUAAUCUUAAAGAAUUGAGUCUGAAAGCAUAGUAAUGUGAACUUAGUGGCAGCCCUUGUGUUCUCUUGGUCUGUUUACUACCAGCAUGGCAUGUUGUCUAAAUAGCACUCUGAUUGAUCUGGUUUGCAGCACAUCAUUACUGCUUAAACCUGAUUGCAUUUAGGCUCUUUGGUCAAAGUAAAGUUCCAGGGCUGAAUCUUUUAUUUUUUUUAAAUUUAUUGGCAACACUGUCAUAGCUUUAAAGGAACACUAUAUGGUCAGGAACACAAACCUGUUGGCCCGGUGUCGAUCCGCCUCCUUGCUGACAUCAGACUGUAUUAUUUCUAGGCAAUUCAAUGCUUUUUUUCGUAGGACAAUUGGCACCUUCUCGUAUAGAUGCAUCUCUGAGGAAAAUGCAGUGUAUCCAUGGAGACUCUGAAUUGCAGUGUGCAGCACUGCUCCAGUGGUCACCGGAGGUAUCCCUCUAGGGCAAUGUAAACACUGCCUUUCUCUGAAAAUAUAUAUUUUUUUUUUUUGCAUGAAUAUGCCUGCAUGGAAUGAUUAUACUCACCAGAACUACAUUAAAGGACCACUCUAGGCACCCAGACCACUUCAGCUUAAUGAAGUGGUCUGGGUGCCAGGUCCUUCUAGGGUUAACCCAUUUUUUUAUAAACAUAGCAGUUUCAGAGAAACUGCUAUGUUUAUGAAUGGGUUAAGCCUUCCCCCUAAUCCUCUAGUGGCUGUCUCAUUGACAGCCACUAGAGGCGCUUGCGUGCUUCUCACUGUGAUUUUUCACAGUGAGAGCACGCAAGCGUCCAUAGGAAAGCAUUGUAAAUGCUUUCCUAUGCGACGGGCUGAAUGCGCGCGCAGCUCUUGCCGCGCAUGCGCAUUCAGCCCAGGAGGAGGAACGGAGGAGGAGAGCUCCCCGCCCAGCGCUGGAAAAAGGUAAGUUUUUAACCCUUUCCCCUUUCCAGAGCCGGGCGGGAGGGGGUCCCUGAGGGUGGGGGCACCCUCAGGGCACUAUAGUGCCAGGAAAACGAGUGUUUUCCUGGCACUAUAGUGGUCCUUUAAGCUUUAGUUGUGACUAUAGUGUCACUUAAAGUUUUCUAUGUAUACCAUUAAAAAUGAAACCUUUAAGUUAAACUAUUCUCUGAUAAACUGCAGUGAUCCAGAUGUUCACAUAGAUGCCAUUGGAGCCUCUUUCUGUAAGAAUGCAGUGUAAAGGCUGAACAGGUUUAAAUCCACAUGGUCAUCCUGGAUCUGUGGGCAUAAAUUAAAUUUGUAAAGGCUUUUCUGAAAGCAACAAAAUGACUUAUUUGUGACCUGAUAUUUAAUUUUGCUGUAACUUUUGUAACUGGUUAAUGAUCAUUCCUGGAAGAUGCAGGGAGCUAGUGUGCAAGUAUUGGCAACUGUUAAAGGGAUACUAUAUAUUUCAAUCAGAUGUUAACUUACUUAAAAGUAAAUGAUCUCCUGUUCUGUUAAUUACAUACAGGAGGCUUCUGCAUGUUCUAGAAAGUCACUUACAGAGCAGGAGAUACAAAUAGAAACUUUACAGAAUUUGCAAUAAAGUGUAAAUUUUUUUUUUUAUUAUUUUUUUUACAGGAAGUAUUUAGGAAGGCUGUGCUGUGACUGGCUGCAUAAACAGUGAUUUAACUCCUAAAUGGCAGGAAAUAGAGCAGUUUGACAACAGGGGCAUUUAUUUAAAAAAAAAAAACUGCUUAAAGUUGUUUUGGUGCCUAGUGUCCCUUUAAAUUGUCUGCAUCCAAUAUUGAAGGUUCCUCCCCCUCCUUACUUCACUACUACAAUAGCAAACACUCUGCUCUCAGAACCUAUAUCCACAUUAUGUUGUCACCUGCUCUAAAAUCUGGUACUCUGUACAUUACUGGUAAACUUAGACUGAUUAAUUCUGGGUGCACUGUAACCAGUUCUUUCAGUGUACUGCAGAACUGCUUGAAGGGAUGCUCAGAUAAGGGCAUUUUGUACUAUUUUCUUUACUCUCCAGUAGCUGCCCCAGAUCUCAGUCAAUCAUGGGGAUGUCGUAGGCUUUUACUUCACAUUUUUAUAUCCUGCUCUGUAAAGUGAACUUAAAUAAUACAUGACUCCUGCAGGGUCUAAUAAGCUAUUAACAAAGCAGGCGAUACACAAUUAAAUAGGAUUUGCAGUAAAGUGAACAUUAGAUGACUCUAUCCAGGAAGUGUUUAGGAAGUCAUAUGCAGGAAGGUGUGGCUAUGGCUGCAUAAACUGUGAUUUAACUCCUAAAUGACAGAAUUGAGCAGUGAAACUGCAGGGGCAUGAUCUAUACACCAAAAUGGAUUAAUUAAGCUAAAGUUGUGUUGGUGACUAGUAUCCCUUUAAUAAAUACAUAUCUUAACUAGUGGCUGAAUCUUUGUGUUUUUUAGAUUUAAAAAAGGUCUCCGUUCCAAUUGAGGUUGGUUUUUGAAAGUCAGCAAGUCUGUCUUAAAGCUUCCCGUCUGCAUUGAUCACUAGGAUAGUUUAGCCCAAAAAACACAUUACAUUUGGUUCUUGUCUUAAUAAGCCAUUUAAAAACUUUACAUUCUAGGGAUUACUCUGUUCUAGCCUUUUACACAUGCAAAAACGCAUUAAGACAAUCACACUAUCUUGGCUUUUGUGACUAUUAUUCAUAAUGGCCAUAAUGCUUAUCUCCAGGUUUGCCUUUUAACGCGGCUUCCUUUUUUCACUUGUUGCCCCAUUUCCAGAAUUACUGCAGUGAUUAACAUUCCCUAACAUGUCAUCCUCCAAGGAAGGAGUGUGCAUUGUAAUGUAAACUUGUACUUUGCUCCAACCUUUAUAGCUAAAGUCAACCUACACAGAGAUCCUCAAAUUACCUUUAUCCUUUCAAUACCAGCGACAGACUGCAGACCUAACCUAUUCCUACAGCAAAACCUCCAGCUUCGACAGUGGAGCUCAAAUUUACAUUCCUGAUAGUGUUACAAUGGAUUCUGAAAAGAAAAUGCCUUAACUGUCUUGGAAUUGACGACAAACUGUGAAAUGACACUCCUCCAGCAUAUUUCUUUUUUUUUUCUUGACCUCUGAACAGCUAGUCUAACUGUGGAGCUGCCAAUUGUGUAUUGCAAGUUACUUGAAGGGUUUUUUAAUUGGCAAGUCAUUCCUCUUUAAGCCUGUUUUGCCGAGAAUCAAUCAAAAAAAUAGUACCGUUCUAGUAGUGCAGGAGUCUAAUAUCUUGGUUACUUCCUGGUCCUUGCAGUAAAUGUGCAGGUGGUAACUGUAGAGGUGGUGCUUGAAUGCAAAUUUGAGAAGUGAAUACCAUACUGAACUAGCAACAUCUAUGGAGGAACUUUAUACAACUUUUUUUUUUAAUCUUCUUAGUUGUCAUAGAAUUUCUACUUGGUUGUCCUUAAAGGACCACUAUAGUGCCAGAAAAACACUUUGGUUUUUUUUUUGGUUUUUUUCAUGCACUUUAGGUCCUUAGGUCCCUCCCACUCUCGCCGGGCUGAAGGAGUUAAACACUUGCCUUUCUCCAGCGCCGGGCUCCCUUGGCACUGGGGAACUCUCAUCCCUCUUCCGACGUCAGCGCUGAAGGCACAUGCCUGGCAAGAGCCACGCGUGCAUUCAAUCAGUCCAUAGGAAAGCAUUACUCAAUGCUCUCCUAUGUACAUCCGCAUCGUAUCACUUAAUUUUUUAUUUUUCAUUGAGAACCGCUUCUAGCGGGGGUCAAUGAGACAACCACUAGAGGCUGGAUUAACCCUAGUGUAAACAUAGCAGUUUCUUUGAAACUGCUGGGUUAAUCCUAGAGGGACCUGGCACCCAGACCAAUUCAUUGAGCUGAAGUGGUCUGGGUGCCUAUAGUGGUCCGUUAAUCUAGCAAAGGUGCUAGACUAUUAAUGUUCUGGGUCAAUCGUGGCUUCCUUCAGACUCUCUGUAGAGUACCUACUAGUGAUACAAAUGGCGGUCUAUGGUGUAAUACUAGUUUUUCUACUUCCUGAUUCUCUGGCGAUCAGGCACUGCAGUGUUGCAAGUUUUUAUCCUGCUUCUCACUUGAAACAUUUAAGAACUGCAGAGCUAGUUGUGUAACUGUUUUUCUUGCUGACUUGCAUUCCUGGAAUAACGUUAACAUUGACAUGAUAGUGUUGCAAAACUGCAGAAUACACAACCUUGUCAUUCAAAAUCCACUUGAGUAUUAAUGGUUUUAAUCUAAAACUGUAGACAAAUAUGCAUGUUUUGAGAUUUGUCAUACUGUAGGCUUUUUUUUUUUUUCUUAGAGACUCUGACCAUGAUUGGAACCAAACUUUGAUAUUUUAUAAAAUAGUUUACCAGGAUAGAUCCAUUGAGAUUUCUCUCGUUUUCAAGUAUGUCCUGGGUCUUUGUCCACACCGUUGCAUUAUUGCAAAAAUACAAUAUAAAAACUAGAUCUAAAUUUCAUACAUAAUCAGUUAUAACUAGAUUCAACCGUGACGGAGCAUUCUGUGCACAGGUAUAUUCCCCUAGAUAUCUUAAAUUGACCAAAUCUAGCUAAUCAAGAACAUCUUCAGUGACUAGAGCAGUGCUCAGAUCAGACUGACCCUAAUGUCACCCCUCACGCCUAUUCUGAAACGGACAGCUUGGAAUAUACUCGUGUUUACCUUGCCCAUGUUAAACUCCGAAUAUCUUACUUAAACUGAAUUUUUCUUGCAGACUCCUUCAAGGGAGCUGUCACUUCCCAGGAUUAAUAUACCGGUAUCCCUCUAUUUAACUUGUGUAUUUGAGGCUCGAAACAUAAAAUUUCAAUGUAAAAAUACUCCCCUUUUGGCUGUCAAGCACGGUUAUAACAUGUCCUUGGCACCUGGCAAAUAUAAAUUAAACCAUUUCUGUUCUCCCUCAAAAUUGCAAUAAUUGCCCCUGCUUUGCCUUGUCUGAAGUGGAUUAUGCAGUCACUUACCACAUCUUUAAAGGAUCACUAUAGGCACCCAGACCACUUCAGCUUAAUUAAGUGGUCUGGGUGCCAGGUCCAUAUAGGUUUAACCCUCUUUGCUAUAAACAUAGCAGUUUCAGAGAACCUGCUAUGUUAACCUAUGGGUUAAUCCAGCCUCUAGUGUCUCUCAUUGACAGCCGCUGGAGGCGCUUCUCACUGAUUUUUCACAGAGAAGACGAGGACUCCAGCGUCCAUAGGAGAGCAUUGAUAAUGCUUUCCUGUGAGACUGGCUGUGCGCGGCUCUUGCCGCGCAUUCAGCCGGUGACCUCAGAAGAGGGAGGAGUGCCGGCGCUGGAGAAAAGGGUAAGGAAUUAACCCAUCCCCCCUCAGUUUUGAUGCACUGUUCUAUUGAGAUAUGAAAAAUUCACUAUCAAAAUGGCUUCAUCAGACUUUCACCUUCUAUUUAUAGAUCAAACAUUAGCGUUGUGACGUAAGGUUCGUAAAGUUUUGUUUUUUUUUCUGGGGUUUUUUCCUCUCCUUCCCUCAGACAUGUAGUCUUUCUUGCCAGAGACAGUACUAAAUGCAGGGCAAUAACCUUCAUACUAUAUAUGGCAGAUUCCCAAAAGAAUAAAAGCUGCAUAUGCUAUAUUGCCACUAUUAAACUCUUGUAUAAUUGUACUGUUAUUGGGCCAUAACUUUAGCAGGCAAUGGCAUGUGUUAUCUACUGUAAAAGGAGUCCAUAUAUAUUUGUGGGAUGUAAGAUCCAGACCGGUUCAGCAGUCUCCGCUCUUGCGGGUCGAUACAUCAUUCUUCAGCGUUACAGUUUCUGAUUUAUUUAUUUAUUUCUUUUUUUUAAGCCAGAGCUUAAAUAUUUACUACAGUUUUGUGUAAUCUGAGCAUUAGGUAACAACUUGUUUUGCCACUCUGGUGCUACAGUUUCACAAAAGAACUUUCCACCCAGCCCCUGUGGCUUACUGGUUUGUCCUGUUCUAUCAACUUUCAGUUUUGAUGUGUCCUAGGUGUCUUGCUUUAGAUUGGCUUGUUUUGCUUUCUGAUUAAAGUGCCCUGCUCAUGUGCCAUUUAAUUUGGCACUGUCCAGAUUAUUUUGUGUCCUUGUAGGAGCAGUUUUGGGUAACAUUUAAAUCUUGGAUUGCUGGUGUGCCUUGAGGACCUGCUUUGUUUCAGAUGUUAACAUCUGCAGGCAAUAAACAGUCCAAGUUGGACUUCUUGAACCUUCUAGUUAAAUAGCCCGCAGUAAAGUAAUUUUUGUCUUGUGUGAAAUAUGUUCAAGAACAACCUGUGAAGUCCAACGCUGCUGUACACAGGUGUAAAACUGUUGGAAGAAUUGUUGCAAUCUAAAUUCUGUGUGAAACAGUACUUCAGUACACUGUUUCUGAAAGUCCUAGAAUGUAGUGGGUAUGGUGGGGUAUACAUGGCUUUCUGUUGUAUCUAUGAAGGCCUUCAAUUUACUAGUGGUUACUAAAUGUCCCCCCUUCAUGUGACACUUGUUCUAUUUAGGAUCUCUUUGCAUUUGAUUGUCAAUGUGUAAUUUAGACUACAAUGGAAAUCGCCCAUGGGUAUGCUUGGUGUACUGGACGCAUGUCUGUCUUGCACAUGGCCCAACGUUAAGGUAACAUGCCUAAACAUGUGCCCUUGGUAAAUAAUUGGAGUGAUCCAUACCAACACCUAGAUAUGUUGCUGUGGCUGAUUUAUUUACUGUACUCACCACCAUAAGCAUGUCUCUGUAUGUGUGUGGGGGGAACAAACAACCCUCAGAUGCAGUGGAAAUAGUAGUUCUUUAACGAUGGCUUAUAUUGUAGGCUGCAUUUGGUCUUUUUAAUUCAGGAUAAAUGGAUAGUUGUCCAGCAGGUGAAUUCCUCUUCCCUCCCCCCCUCAGCUGGUCUCUGGAAUUCUGCAUUGCUGGCCAUGAAUCACUUUUCUGGUGAUGGCUGUGUUAGUCGCUGGGCACCUGUUGAAAGAAAUGGUAGAUAAUGAUACUCAGACAUUGGUUUGUAUUUUAUUAACUCCACACUUUUCUUUCUCAUUAGCCCUGGGAGCUGCAUAUGGAACGGCGAAGAGUGGUACCGGUAUUGCAGCGAUGUCCGUCAUGAGGCCUGAGCUGAUCAUGAAAUCCAUUAUUCCAGUUGUCAUGGCUGGUAUCAUAGCAAUUUAUGGCCUAGUAGUGGCAGUACUCAUUGCAAAUUCUCUUAAUCAAGAUAUCACACUAUACAAGUAAGUAAUUGUUGCUAGACUUGGACAUUUGUAUUAAUGUUUGAAUACAUUGGCAGCUCAUGGAGGGCUGAGGCAGGCUUUUAGCAGGGCAGAGGCAUCUAGCUGUAACCUUCCUACAGUGAUGCCAGGAGCUGGAUUAUAACAUCACUCCAACCCCGGCAUCACUAAAUGGCACAAGGGAGUAGAGCAAGGGAAAACUAUCCAUUCGAGCUGUCCCAAAGGAGGCUGGAUAGACUUUUUGUUUGUGUUUUUUUGUUUUUUUUUCCUCUAAAAAAAAGGCAGUUUUGUACAUUAAAGUGUGCAGGGAGAGGCAAGAGACUUCAGAACUACAUUAAACUGUAGUGGUUCUGGUUAGUGUCCCUUUUAAAGAACAGGUUUUUGUUGAAAAACCUGACUCCUAACUUUUCCUUUAGCUGGCUUCUAGAUUACAAGAAAAUCCGUCAAGCCCUGGAGUGUAGCUGUGUGGGAGGGAAUUUCAUUAAAUUAGAUAUAACCAAAUGUAAGCUUCUCAUAUCGGUCACUGGUGACUUGUUUGUACUGACUUUGAAGGACUUGUAUGGCCUUCUAGGUGCUGUGCAAGUUCCUGUGAUUUUAGCAUUCUGCACUGUAGACAAUGUGGUGCUGAAUAUCAAUGUAAAGUAGCUUAGAACAAAGUGGCAGACCAAGUUGUCCCUUAGCUUGCCUCUUGUAAGUGUGCGCACAUGCCUUCGUUGGUAAUUUCUGGUUUCCAUAGAAGCAUUGCAGUCAUUGAUUCUGAGAAGCUUUUUGUUUGGUACAUCGAGGUGGUUAACUCACAUGAGCUUUCCUUUAGGUUCACAAUGUUGAUCUAUGAAAAGAACUGGAGUUGACCAGUGUUGUCAUGUGACAGUGGGGUGCUGCAGGGGGUUACUGUUGGCACGAAAAAAGGAUACAUUUUGUAUGUUUUGUAAAUUUGUAACAUUUUUAUUGCAACACCUUUUAAAAUAACUAAAGGUGGGUGGGGGGUUUAACAUUCUUUUUCUAAAGAGACUUGUCUGCUCAAAUAUAAAGUAAUUUUAAGUAUAGAACUUCUUGCAAGUUUAAAUUUGUAUUUUCUGUCAGCAAUCUAGCCUGUGCACUACCAUUCUAUCCAAAUAAAGUUUCUUUCUCUCUACAGGAGCUUUUUACAGCUGGGUGCCGGUUUGAGUGUAGGCCUGAGUGGUUUAGCUGCAGGCUUUGCCAUCGGCAUUGUUGGAGACGCGGGUGUGCGAGGGACAGCACAGCAGCCACGACUAUUUGUGGGCAUGAUCCUCAUCCUCAUUUUUGCUGAAGUCUUGGGUCUCUACGGUCUGAUUGUGGCCCUUAUCCUCUCCACACAAUGA